AUGGCCUACGGCAAUCUGAGCAAAUCUCUCAUUUAUUCCCAACUCGGCUCGUCAGCUGUCCGCAAGUCGUUGUUACUCUCGCUAGUCCUUGUCAGCAUCUUCUUGCUAUGUUGGAGCAAUUCUGAGCUUUUCUCGUGGAGUCCCACCUCCUCGCCGUCUGAUCAUGCCUCCACCGACCGUCCUUCAAAAGCGCCUGUAGUCGACGAGCUCGACCACGAUCUUCAGAUUGACGAACCUGCUCCUCACAACACUCCAGCUUUGCCUUCCGUAGCGGCUGUCCCAACAGUUACUCCAGGCUCACUCCGCUUGCCAGCCGAAUAUUAUGUCGAAUCGAAGGAUGACCCGAGGUGCGAGGAUACAUAUGGUCUCAACUACCUAUACUCUUUGCAGAGAAGUGGCCAGCAAUAUUGCAAAGCAGCAUCGUCAACCUCGACGCUGAACUGCUUCCACACCAAUAUCACAACAGACCACACCGACUCAUUCUGCAUUGCGUCUUCCGUCUCCAUCGAUCCACAUGCUGAGCACAACCCCUUUGGCCUCGACUGCCACCUUCGGAACUUCGCUGCUGAAGCAGCCGCCUCCAAUAGCGAACCUGUUACACCAGACUUCCAGACGUUCCCUGAUUAUAUGUUCGAGACCGGCCCGCACCGCAUCUUUGACGAUUGGUUCAAGAACAUUACGCAUCCACUGCGAGACGAGACCGACGCAACACGUUCAGCCUGUGCCGGCAAGAAGUCUGCCACAGACGGCUACACGAUCCUCAUCAAGCGCGAUGGCGGCGGCCAUCUCUGGCACUCGCAGAUGGAAAUCUUCUCCCUGCUACUAACCCUCGACGUCCUACGCUCCACCACCCGCAGUACCUCAACCCCCUACUUCACCUCCGCCGAUAUCGCCAACGCGCAAGUCGUCCUCCUCGACUCGCACCCCGACGGCCCCUUCUUCGACCUCUGGCGCCUCUUCGCCAAGAAGCCCGUCCUCCGCCUCAAAGAAUGGCAGGCCCAGCUCGCCGCCAAGUCUACCGCCGGCGAACCCCUGUGUCUUAACAAUGUGCUGCUGCCCCUCCCCGGCGCCAGCAAUCCGAUGUGGCAGGGCGACUGGACGCCGCACGACUGCACGCACAGCGCGCUACUCUCCACCUACGUCGAACGGCUGAAGACGCACUACAACAUCCCUUCGCCCAGCGCCCGCGAUCCCAAGGCACCUAUCACCGUGACCUUCAUCGACCGCCGCAAGACCCGCAAGCUGCACAACCAGGACGCCAUGCUCAAGGCCCUGCAGCGCCGCUUCCCAGCCCCGGACUUCCACAUCCAAGCCGUCGACCUGGCGCACAUGAGCUUCCGCGAGCAGACCGAGAUCAUGGCGCGCACGGAUGUCCUGGCCGCUGUGCAUGGCGCGGGGCUCACACACGCCGUGUUCCUGCCGCCGGAAGCUUCAGUCGUCGAGAUGCUGCCGCCGGCGUUCGGACAUAAGGGGUUCCGAAACCUUGCCAAGUUGAGGGGGUUGCGGUAUUUUAGCGUGCAUAUGGAUGAGAAGGAGCAGGUUGAGGGCUGGGAUGGGAACUGGCAGGCUGCGGAGGAGUUGGUGGUUGGGGAGGAGGUGUUUGAAAGGGUUAUGGAGGUGGCGGUGGGAAGUGUGUUGCAGAGGGGGACGAGGGAUGGGGAUGUUGGUGUGCUAUAG